AUGUCGGCGGUCUAUCGAAUCUUCCCACUGAGCACGUGCUGUGGAAGAGGUUGGCGCACGUCGAAUCGUUUACGGCGCACUGGGAUGGGUCCAUUGUUGCAUACCCGACUCGUGGAAGUAGCAGACCUUUCGAUGGUGCGGCGAGUAGCGAGCCCGCCACCCUGGCGGCAGGCAGCAUUCUUGCACGUCUACGGCAAUCGCCAUGCGGUUCAUGUCGAGGGCCAUUGCGUCCGACUGCAGCGCGCUCGCAGGUCCUGCGCUCACGCUCGCACUGAGAGACGAGCUGCCGACGGCUGGCCGGAUGCGGACGUCGACCACGUCCAGGAGCUCGGGCAGCGCGUCCGACAUGCUGCUCAUCUU